AUGAAAGGACAAAAUACAACUAUUAUACAAAAUCAUAAACUGAUGUCGUACGGGAUUUAUGUUAAUGAGGAAGACGACAUAUCUACAGAAUUAUUGGAAGAAUUCGAUAUACCUACUGAGCCGAUUAUUUACAGAGGAACAGGAGACGAACCGGACGUGGCAAGACAUUUUGUAGAGCAGAUAGUAAACAUCGGCAAGAAAGUAACCAAAUUAUUGAAGACAAAUAAACCUAUUAUCAUGACUGCAGAGGAGGUACAGAGAUAUGUCACGUGUCAACAUUGUAAUUUGUGUAACGGCGGUUUUUCUGCCGCGAACUCGAAAAUCGCCGACCACAACAACCUAUCCGGAAAAUACCAACAAAAAUUGAGCAAUACUUGUAAUUUGAAAUGUCAAACAUUGAAACUUGUCCCGUGCUUUUUCUAUAAUCUAUCUAACUAUGAAUCAUAUUUCAUUGUUACAGAGCUGGGGUACGUGCGGAAACCAUUUCUGUAAUACCUAACUCCGAGGAGAAAUUUAUUUCGCUUUCGAAAUAUGUGAGCAAUAUUUUCACCGUACGAUUUAUCGAUACCUGCCGGUUCAUGACGUCGAGUCUUGUCUCUUCCAUCGUACUCAAUCACCCCGGAAUACGAAAAGUUCCGUGAAUAACGGAAAAAAUUUAACGACAAAGAUAUAUAUAAUUAGUGACGAGGAAGGGUGUGUACCUAUACGAGUAUACGGACAGUUGGGGGAAAUUGGAGGAAGACACAUUGACGGAGAAGGAAGACUUCUAUAGUACGUUGACGAAGAAGAACAUUGAGAAGAACGAAUAUGUGCACGCACGGAAAGUUUGGGGCAAUUUUGGAUACAGGACGUUGGGAGAGUAUAGCGACUUGUACGUAUUUGAAAAUUUCCGAGAUAUUUGUAUGAUGUCCUACAACUUAGUCCAGGCGUACUACUACACGGCACCCGGAUUCAACUAUGACGUCACGCUGAAAUAUACGAGGAUUGGACUUGAACUUCUGUCGGACUACGAUAUGUUGCUGAUGUUUGAAAGAGGUAAAUAAUUGUAUGUUAUUUUACAUAGCAUUUAUAAUAUUAACCGGAACAUUUUUUUUUUUUAGGGAUACACGGCGAUUUCGUACAGCCGAGUAUGCGGUACGUGAAGGCAAACAAUAUAACGGUGGAAGACUACGACAAAAUGAAAGAAGAUUCGUGA